GCUGUUCGUAUAACAACGGUGCACCAGCACGUGACGACCUUUACACGUCCAAUGACUGUCAUAUUUAACGAUAUGCAAAGCGACAUGCUCGAGGACGUUACAAUUUUUUUUUUAAACGAUCAGCUCGAUGUUUGUCAAAGUCCAAUUUUUGUACUUAAAAUUUUACGUUUUAAACGAGUAUCUUAAGUUGCAACGCAAUCAGGUAGAAACGAAUUCGUAGUAUCUAUAGUAGGGAGAACUUUCCCACGAAAAUAUGAAAUUUUAUUUCAUUCAAUAACAGGCUCCUGAAAUGUACAUUAAUUAUGCGAAUCAUUUCGAUGAAUCAUGAUCCUCGGUGUUGUACGUAUCGCUCUCUUAUCUUGAUCACGAUAUUGACACACGGUAGACUGAUAAAAAUCCAGAAAUUUCGAUGCGUGUCACAUGCCAAACACAUUAGUCAGUGAUCAAAGGUAACGACUAGUACAAUUAAACUUAACUCGAAUAUAUUCCGAUUAUUUGACAUAUGGUUGCGCAGUGCAGGCCGGUAUGGAGAACCAGCAGGUGUGGGUGCGAGACCCUCAAGAGGGUUUCAUAAUCGGCAAGUUCACGGACAUGGUCGAUGGGGAUGCGUUGAUCGUGCCACUGGAUCCGAAAUAUCCACAGCGCACCUGUCCGUUGGAAGAAGUUUAUCCUGCUGGAGAAUACACUAAAGACGUCGAAGACAAUUGUGCUCUGAUGUACCUGAACGAGGCCACGCUUCUGAAUAACAUACGGACUCGUUAUUUCAAGGAUAGAAUAUACACUUACGUUGCGAAUAUUUUAAUUGCUGUCAAUCCUUACUGCGAAGUUAGAGAUCUGUACUCGCCUCAAACCAUCAAGGCUUAUCAAGGAAAAUCAUUGGGAGAGACACCUCCGCAUGUUUUCGCUAUUGCCGACAAAGCAUUCAGGGAUAUGAAAGUAUUGAAACAAUCGCAGAGCAUCAUCGUCUCCGGUGAGUCUGGAGCAGGGAAAACUGAAUCAACGAAGUAUCUUCUUCGGUAUCUUUGUGAUUUAUGGGGAUCAACCGCCGGACCAAUUGAACAAAAAAUUUUAGAUGCUAAUCCAGUAUUGGAAGCCUUUGGAAACGCGAAAACCAAACGGAACAAUAAUAGCUCACGGUUUGGUAAAUUUAUGGAGGUGCAUUUCGACUCGAAAUGCCAAGUAGUCGGCGGUUAUAUCUCUCAUUAUCUUUUGGAAAAAUCAAGAGUCUGCCUUCAAAGUCCUGACGAGAGAAACUAUCAUGUGUUUUACAUGAUGUGCGCCGGUGCGCCUCCUGAACUUCGCGCUAAACUUGGUAUCACAAAGCCGGAUGACUUCCAUUACUUGAAGAACGGUUGCACACAGUACUUUUGCAACGAAGAGUCGGAGAAGAAGUUGAACGAUGUUCAAAAGAGUCGCGAUCAAGUUACGAAAGGCAGUUUACACGAUCCUAUUCUGGAUGAUGUUCAAGGAUUCAGUGCCAUUGAUCAGGCCUUGACCCGACUCGGUUUGACCGAAGGAGAAAGAAUGGAAAUUUACACCAUGGUGGCUGCGGUACUUCACCUUGGAAAUAUUAUGUUCGAAGACAAUCCCGAGGACACGAAGGGUGGUUCCAGGAUAUGUGCGGAUUCAGAGAAGGCAGUGUUAAUGUCGGCAAAGUUGUUGGCUGUAGAUCCUGAGGAACUUAGGCAAGCUUUAGUUUCGAAAGUGAUGCAGACUAGUCGAGGUGGUAUCAAAGGAACUGUUAUUAUGGUACCAUUGAAAGUUUAUGAAGCUAAUAAUGCUAGAGAUGCUCUGGCUAAAGCCAUUUAUAGUAAAUUAUUUGACCACAUCGUAGCCCGUAUCAACAAAAGUAUACCUUUUAAGGCUUCUAGUUACUAUAUCGGUGUCUUAGAUAUCGCAGGAUUUGAGUAUUUCAAGGUGAAUAGCUUUGAACAAUUUUGCAUAAAUUACUGCAAUGAAAAAUUGCAACAAUUUUUCAAUGAAAGAAUCUUGAAGUACGAGCAGGACCUCUAUGCCAGAGAAUCCCUUAAUGUGCCGAAGAUAUCUUACGUUGACAAUCAAGAUUGCAUCGACUUAAUUGAGUCGAAAAACAUGGGAAUAUUCAGCCUGUUAGACGAGGAAUCGAAAUUGCCAACUCAUAGUUUUGCGCAUUUCACUAGCGAGGUUCAUCGUGUUUGGAACGGUCAUUUCAGAAUAACUUUACCGCGAACUUCUCGUUUGAAAGCUCACAGAGAAUUGCGCGAUGACGAAGGAUUUGUAAUUCGUCACUAUGCCGGUGGUGUUUGUUAUCAAACAAAUCAAUUUAUCGAGAAAAAUAACGAUGCGUUGCACGCGUCUCUAGAAGCAUUAAUUCAAGAAAGUAAUAACCAGUUCCUUAGAACGCAGUUUGCCAAUAAUUCUUGCCAGAAAGGGAAACUAACUUUCAUCAGUGUCGGCAGCAAAUUUAAAACGCAGCUUGGAGAAUUGAUGAAUAAAUUAAAAAGCAAUGGAACGAAUUUCAUUCGUUGUAUUAAACCAAACAACGACAUGGUGGAUCAUCAGUUCGACGGAAACAGUAUUUUAGGACAGCUUCGCUGUUCCGGUAUGACCUCUGUUUUGGAACUCAUGGAACACGGUUAUCCGAGCAGAGUUCCGUUCCAAGAAUUAUACAACAUGUAUAAAUCGUAUCUUCCUCCGGAACUGGCGAAAUUGGAGCCCAGGUUUUUCUGUGAAGCGUUACUUCACAGUUUGAAACUAAAUAAAAAAGAUUUCAAAUUCGGUAUCACUCGUGUCUUCUUCAAACCAGGGAAGUUCGCUGAAUUCGACAAGAUCAUGAAGUCUGAUCCUGAGAACUUGAAGAAAUUGGUAGCCAACGUGAAGAAAUGGUUGCUUAGAUCACGAUGGAACAAGAUGCAGUUCUGCGCGUUGUCCGUGAUUAAACUGAAGAACAAGAUCAUUUAUAGAAGGCAACAUUUGAUCAUAUUACAGAAGACAGCGAGAAUGUACAUAGCCAAGAAACAGCAUCGACCACGUAUAAAGGGGAUCAUGGAGAUUAAGAACCUGAAGACGCAACUGGUUGGAAUGGAAGAAACGUCGAAACAAUUAAAGAAUCGUGAAAAACAUAUGAGCGACAUCAAGAAAUUGCAAGACAAUUUGGAUGCAGCGAUUAACAAGAUCAAGAAUAGUAUGAAAAUAAAAGAGACGGAAAUCGAUAAUCUUUAUACGAAUUUGGUUAAUCAAGUGAAUAAAGAAAUGGCGUCGCUUCAAGAUAUGGUCAGGCAACAGAAGAUUGCCGAAGAGCAGGCAAAAUUAAGAAAGAUUCAACAAGAAUUGGAGCUUGAGAAACAAAGAAAAGAUGAAGAAGAACGACAGAAGAGGGAAGAGGAAGAGAACAGGAAAAAGAAACACGAAAUUGAGACGAGAAGAAAAGCAGAAGAAGAACAAAAGAGAAGACAGGAAGAGGAAGAUAAAAAAACCGCUGCAGCUUUGCAAGCACAGUUAGAGAGAGAGGCGAUGGAGGAAAAUAGAUAUCGUGAAUUAUUGGAGCAGGAGAGAAGAGAUCAUGAAUUGGCAGUCAGAUUAGCUCAAGAAUCAAACGGACAAGUCGAAGAUUCACCGCUUCCUGUACGAAGCGGUUCCGAUGUACGAGUACCAUCGAACAACAACAGGCUAGCAAGAUCGGAGCAGGUGCGGAACAAUCAAGCAGCUAUGUCUAAUAAAAAAUAUGACUUAUCCAAGUGGAAAUAUUCGGAAUUGCGAGAUGCUAUAAAUACAUCUUGUGAUAUUGAAUUAUUAGAGGCUUGCCGUCAUGAGUUCCAUCGAAGAUUAAAAGUAUAUCACGCGUGGAAAGCACGAAACCGAAGACGAAUAACCAUGGACGAGAAUGAAAGAGCUCCAAAAUCUAUCAUGGAAGCUGCUGCCAAAACACCAAGAUCUCAAAUGAAACAAACGAUAAAUGAGUCUUCUCAACGAUAUUUUCGAAUUCCAUUUGUGCGGCCACCUGCACCCGGCCAGUAUGAAAACUCGCACAUAACUGCUAAACGAGGAUGGUGGUACGCUCAUUUUGAUGGUCAGUAUGUUGCUAGACAAAUGGAACUUCAUCCUGAUAAGGCACCAAUUCUGUUAGUAGCAGGAAUCGACGACAUGCAAAUGUGCGAAUUGAGCUUAGACGAGACGGGUUUAACCAGGAAACGCGGAGCUGAGAUUUUGGAGCACGAAUUCAAUCGUGAAUGGGAAAAACACGGUGGUAAACCAUAUAUUCCUUCGUGCGAUCGUAAGAAAUGAGAUGUCCCUUUCAAAAUUCGUCGGUCGUACGAGAAUAAUUCUAAUGUAAACAUCAUGAAAUUUUAUAUGGAUGCAUAUUGAAUGUAAAUCAACAACAGAGUACCUUAUAAUUUGUUAAAAAGGCAGGUCGCAAAAUGGAACAAGAAUGGAUUCGUAAAUCUACGAACGAAGUGGUGUGUACUGUACGUCAAUAUAGACACGUAUAUUUUUACGAAAUACUGUUUGAUUUCGAUGCACGUGGCAGCGAUUUUUAAUGAUAAAUAUACAUAUAUUCAGUAUUGAAGACUAGUAGAAAAUCACAUAGAAGAUUUUUUAACUGAAAACGUGAUAAGAAACGUGAUGCAUGGGGUAAGAAAUGAAUAUUCGUGAAAGAGAUCUCAUUAAAAUUGGAUUUAUUUUGUCUCCUUGUUAUUAAUUCACCUUGCGAAACAUACAAAUCUUCUUUACGUCUUACAAUGAAAAAAGCAUCAUGGUUCCUUUAAUUAUGAAACAAUGUUUGAAAAUCUAUCUUCUGUUAUAUACAGUAAAGAUAAUUUUUAUUAUUUAUAAGUUAUAUUAUUGCACAUUUAACAUGAAUCAUAGGUAUGCCUUAUGUGGAUAUAAAAACAGAAACCUCAAUGAAUAAAUAACGUGUACCAUUUUUCUUAAACACUGCUUUGCAAGUUCUUCUAAGAAGACUUGCUUCAUAACAAAGUACAUUAAUAAUAUCAAAAUCAACUUUUUGUAUAAGGUAUAACAGAAUGUAACUGGUUCUUCUUGUCAAAAAAAAAAAAAAAA